AUGAACCCAAAUCUUAUGCCAGCUGUCUUGCAAUGCUUAAUGGCCAUUGUUCAUCGUGCUUUUGAGACUGCAUUAUCAUGGCUGGAGGCUCAAAUAUGCGAGACAGGAGAUGCUGCUGAGAGAUUUCCACAGAUUCUGUGGAAAUCAUCUUGUUUGGAUUCUCUUUUGUUCUCUGUGAAUGGUGAUCCACCUUCAUCUCUCGUGAAUGAUCCUGCUUCAGUAGCUUCUGUUCGCUCUUUGUACCAAAGCGUUGUCAAGGAGUGGAUUGUUGAUUCGCUAUCCUAUGCUCCAUGCACCACCCAAGGUCUUCUUCAGGAGCAACUUUGUAAAGCAAACACAUGGCAAAAAGCACAGCCCACUACAGACGUUGUCUCUCUUUUAUCUGAAAUAAAAAUAGGAACAGGGAAAACGGAUUGUUGGAAGGGUAAAAAAACUGCCAACAUUCCUGCAGUAAUGGCAUCUGCAGCUGCUGCAUCGGGUGGAAAUUUGAAGUCAACAGAGGCGUUUAAUAUUGAGCCUGUUCACUUUGGAUUUGUUGUUUCAAAUUUUUGCAUACCCUUGUCAAGUGCUUGGAUAGUAGUGACUGGACCCAUAUGGAAGUUAUUUCAAUCUCCACAUGCCAUGCAUAAUGAAGAUGCCAUGGAAGAAUAUAUGUUCUUUGAACAUUUGUUCUUUUUUACUGGGAUGUGUUGA